AUGGGCGUCGCCGGUGUGCAAGCGGUUGUCGUUCACGUGCCACAGGGAAAAAUUCACGUUUACAAUUACUCUGCAGAAGUAAAAGCUGGACAAAAUGAGUUCAGUUCGUAUGCGUCGAAAUUACAAGUCAGAGGGAGAUUAAUCCACAAACGGGAGAGUAGCGAUUCUGACUACUUCAAGUUCCACGAUGUCGAGACGACGGUUUACAAUGGAGCGGAAGAUGGCAAGGUUCACGGCGAUUACAAGCCUCUGGGAGACGCGGUCAAGGACUUUGAAGAGCCAGUCCUUCUCGUCUACGACAAUCUUGAUAAUCUACGAGGUAUCAGGAUUCAAGAGAAAGAAGCCGUUUGGUCUAAAAAUAUGAAGAUGUCCUUGAUUUCGCUGAUGGGAAUACAAGUGCAAGGAAACACCGAAGCUUUAAAGAAGCUUACGAGAUCAACGAGUUACCAGACCAAUGAGAAAACCAUUCGUGGACAUUGCCAAGUCAGCUACAGUCUUCGUAGGGAGAUGCGAGCCGGCAGGAUGGUUUACUACCUCCGUAAAUAUUACGAGCCCAAAAGUUGCAGUGAUUACGUUCAGCAUGAGGCCCAUGACGUCAAAACCGCGCAUUGUAAAAUUAAACCGGAGGAAGAUUUUGUUACGUUUUCCAAAAAAUUAUAUCAGUUCGAGCUUACUGAUGAUUAUUUCCUGCUCAAGAAAAUUAUUUCUCACGAGAAAUUGAGUUACUUGCCCUAUUCGCACCGAAGUUCGGGGGUUCAGUACAUCGAGACGAGUCAAACUUUCGAAUUCGAAAAAGUAAUAAAUGCAUCUGAACUUGCACUUCCAGACGUCAACUUUAAGAGCACACCGAUCAUAAAUGACAUAAGCUUCAACAACCAUGAUGUCGUUGCAUCACGAGAACACUAUUUUGGGCGCAACGCUAUGAAAUCUGGCGAUAAAAUCGACAGAGUGAAGAAUUUAUUGAUACUCAUAGUGGAUCGCUUAAAAGAGAACCCAAUAGAUAUUAGUCAAACGGAUGCAGAGCAUAAGGGCUUGCUACUAGAUCUACACCACACGAUAGCUACUUUGGACAGCGAGUCCAUGUACUUGGUUUACAAGCAUUUCAAUUCAGAUGCAGAAAAGGAGAACAUGAUAAGAAAUUUGUUCUUAGAAAUGGUCCCGCACACCGGUAGCUACGCCGCAUGGAAUUUCACCAAAAAUAUGAUCGCAAACGAUGAAUUUCCCGAUGAAUCGAUCGUCGUUGACAUGCUUACUAAUCUACCCAUGUUCGUAUCAAACCCAAAUGAGGAAUUUGUCAAAAGUAUGCUUCAAUUUCGGAAUUUGCAUCAAUUAUCAAAAUCUACAAAAAUAGUACACGCUGGUGUUCUGUCUUACUCAAUAUUGUUACAUAAAGCGUAUAAAAACGUUGGCAACAAUGCUCCUGAGUACUUAAGAUCUGAACUCGAAAGCUUCUUCGAACGCAUAAAACAUGAACCAACGUAUGAGUCGAAAAUCGUGUACAUGAUGGCAAUGAGGAAUGUUGAGGUCGGGAACAUUAGUGCCUACCUAUUGCCAAUAAUCAAUGGAAUGGAUGUAUUCGAAGUAACGGCUCAUAUGCGCAAUGUAGAAAAAUAUCGUAGAGCAGCCAUGUGGGCAGUAGUCAAUUCUAUUCAUGGCGAUGAGAAAUUCCGGCAAAACAAUCCGUUCUGGCAGAUACUCUCCAACAACUCGGAACCCUUUUCCUUGCGAUUAACCGCUUACGAAAUUUUAGUUCCGAGAAAUCCAAACCUUGACUUGGAUUUAUUAAUGAGAGUUCAUUCAAUAAUGUCAGACGAACAAGAUGAGCAUUUGUUCAACUUCCAUUACACCACCAUGAAAAAUAUAGCUGAAUCCACCGAUCCGUGUAACAAGGGUAUUUCCGACUUGGCGAGAAAAGUAUUACGACUCACGCAGUCUCGAAAGGUUUUCAGCUCGGCAUUGUCAUCUGCCAGUGUGUUUGAUUACUUCGAUGACAAGUACGGCUAUGGGAAAACGCUUAAAAUUGCCACAGGAAUCAAUGAAGCUUCUGGAAUCCCGCAAUUUGGGUAUUACGAAACGAUUACUACAUUUUUGAAAUCAAGAUUGGAUUCUGCUGUCUAUUGGAACGUUGAUGGCGUCAACUUGAAUAUGAUUAUAUCUUUGGUUAAAAAUCUCUUUCGAGAUGAAUUGGAUGACGCGCAAACCCCUAAUGAGAUAUCGGAUGAAAAAGUUCGUAAUUUAUUGAGACAAACUUACGGACACAAGUUACUCGAUAAACACAUUCAUGUCGAAUUUUGGUCGGUUAAUAAGGGAUACGUGACGAAUGUUGAUGUUUAUUCCGAAAGCGGUUUAUCCAAUUAUCUAAAGAAAUACGUUACGAGUUAUAAACCAAGAAAUUUCAUGGAUGUUAAGGAAAAAUUCUACUUGUUGUGGUUGAAUUUUUCUUUUUUUAAUCAGCACAAAAUCGUUACUGCAACAGACAUGGGAAUUCCUGUUAUUUUUCAAAAAGAAUUUCCAACUUUGUCGUUCAUGAAAGUAAAUCCAAACAUUUAUCCACUACAAACGAUCGUAGCAAUGAAAUUGGAAUUCGAAGCAAAAAUGUACCAUCACGGAAGGUAUGAAAUGAAAUUUUACAAUCCGUUUGCUGGUAUUUUUCAAUGUGUUCGGAGGGAUGUGUCUAUGCAUUUAUCUCUGCCUGCCGAUCUAACCAUCAGUUUGAAUUUAAAGACGUAUAAUUGGAAAAUAGCCCUACCUCGGAAUCCAAAAACAAGAUUUUCAGUUGCCGGUAUCAAUACGUACACAAUCAAUCGAGUAGAAAUCAGUGGAGAUUUUAAUGGAAUCUUAAAAAGUUAUUGCUCAACAUGUAAUAAUCAGGUAGAAAUCACGAAAGGUCCAUCGUACAAACAUAAUUACAUGAAAGUUGUACAUUCAAAAGAAUUGGGUUUGGACUACAGUCAGAGUAUUUACGAUUGUGAAACCCAUCGUCCAUACACCAUUGAGUAUGAGGAAAUCUUUCGAGUUUUCAAUACGAAAGAAAAUAAUGUUGAUAAAGAAGAAUGGGCAACAGUAAUGCUGAAGAUGCACCACGCAUUAUUCAAUUUCAUACAUGCACCUUACGCAAGUACUUGCGGAAAAAGUCUGAAUUUAUCACCUUCAACUAUUCAUCCAACUUCUCAUAUCGAAAUUAACUGGCGUUUUAAUAUGAAAAAUUAUAACGGUAGAAUAACUUUGAGAGUCGAUGGAUCUAUUGACACAAAAGCAGCUUCUGCAAAUGACACAGUAUCCUACUGGGACUUUAAUUUCGAUGCUGAUCUAUCUUUGUUCGUAAAUGAUGUAAAACUUCAAUUGACCAAACGAACGCAAGAAGAAAAAAAUUACAAGAUUUGUUUAGCUGCACUGAAAGAAUACCCGAAUUUCUUCAUUGAAUCGAUGGCGUUAAAACAAGAAACUAAUACUGAAAUUACCUUCGAUAUGGGUUACACUGACAGCGAAUUUUGCUCUUUUGAUGCAUCUCACACUGGUGUCACGGUUGCUAUCAAGGGCGAAUUACUUGAUGAACAAAUCGAACAGAUGGCUAAAAACGUAAAACCUGGAUCAUGCUUUAAAAACCCAAAAAACUCUUUAGAUUUAGAUAUUACACAAUAUUUCGAUUGGAAUUGCUUGUACGAAGCUGUUAGAUGUACCACAAUGAGAAAUUAUACGAUUGACGUCGGGUAUAAAAAUAUUCCUCAAGAAUUUCUGGCUAUAUUAAUAAUUUUGGAUGAUUACCUACGGUACGACCGUAUGCUGUAUUUAUCAUACAGUUCAAAUCAUACGGAACCCGGAACUAUCAAAAUUCUUGCUACCUAUCCUAUGAGUGAUAAUUACGGGAACCUAAAUAUUAUGAACCCAUAUUUCACUUAUUCAUUUCUGUAUAAGCCAGAGGAUCCAGAAAUCCAGAGAACUGAUCUUGUUUUGGACAAUAUUGGAUUUAGCUCGAAUUUUUUGAUCGAUUAUUAUAAAGGAGAAAUAAGACCAUGUAUUGCACACGCGAAUGACGUAAUAACCGAUUUGAACCAAACCUUACCAAUGGACUUGAAAAACUGGACUCUAUUGUCUGGUGACCACGAGCUUAUGACUUACGCCGUAUUCGUUAAAUCCAUCAAAGAUAAGGUGUCAGUCAAAAUUUACGCGGGCAUGCAUGUAUUGGAAAUACUACCGGAAAAAAUAACAUUCGAUGGAAUGAAUAUUGAGAAUUAUGAAAAAGGAUUGUCGUUACCAUCGGCCACGGAGUCUGAGACUUACUAUAAGUUACUGGUGAUUAAUCAACUGCUUGUGGUGGAAACAGACAAGCUUUCAAAGGUUAAAAUUUUUUACACUCCAUACAAUGUAGUCGUACUCCCGUACAUUAUUUUGGACAGAAAUAUUGAUGGCAUUUGUGGACACAUGGGUUCAACAUCCUACGUUCAGCAAGUUCCCCUUAUUUAUGACAAUUGA